ACCUCUCUGUGCUACAUAUUCCACUAACGAAUAAAUUAGACAAACAGAUUAUUGAACUACAAACGAUUCUAUAUCGAUAGGGAGUGAAACUAUUAAAUAAUCUUCAAUUUUACUAAUCUCUCCGCCAAACUCAUAUUUGAUUUUUAUAACUUAUCUAAAAUUUAAUGUGAAACUAGUGAAACAUUUUGAGAUCACUACGAACGGGUGUAAACGUACUGCAGACCAUAGAAUUAGUUCACUUCGCGAAAAGCAAUCACCUGUCGGUUAUCUACAUACGAAUCAAAAGAAGGUCAGAAGAAAACACUCCUGUCAAGUUAUACAUAAACAUAAGGUUAUGUUUUCACGAAAUUCUACAAUCUAAUUCACAUCAUCAACGGUUUGCCUUGAAUUCGCGAAUGAGAAGUCAUUAACGAAUUGCUUGAUCAUUGUUGAAGCAUUUAAUUCGCUGUAAAAAUAAGUUGAUAAAAUAUUAGUGACAAGUCGUAAGAAUGACUUCUGUGGAUUCUGGCGUUGACACUGGCAAUGAUUCUAACGACAGUGGUCAAGCGGAGGGACAAUUAUUGUUCGCACCCCCAUCCACAAAUUCAGUUAAACGAGGACGAAUUAUCGAAGUGAAUAAGGAGAAGAAUAUGCUGAUCAUCAAUAAUCGCCCUGAAGAUAAUGGAAAACAGUUGGAGAUUGUGGAGAUGCACAAUGAACAAACUAUACCCACCACUAUUGAAUGUGUCACACAGAGAUCAGGCUCAUUAUCUCUUCAUUUUGAUCGGACUCCAGAAUUUUGUUUGCCAGAAUCUACGCUAAGAGGUGAUAACAAAUCGCUCUGUAAAAAUAUUGUGGAAGAACGCGUCAGUAGCUUAUCCGUCUUUCCAAAAUCCUUUCCUGCCAUCAAACUUCAUUUACAUAAAUUCUAUAAGAGUGGAAGGGAGGCAUACAUUAGGCGAGAAAGAAGACAAGCUGGAGAUCCAUUUCAUUGUUCAUUGCGGGAGAAAAAGAUGCGUCUUGCGGCUGCUACGAACAACAUAGAAUUGAUAACAGCUCUCCUGGCAAAAGGAGUCUCCCCCAACAAUGCUGAUGCCCAAGGACGAUCUCCUCUCCACUUGGCAUGCUCCAGUGGUUACACAGACAUCGUCAAGAUACUCUUGGAUUAUGGGGCUGAUCCUAACAAAAUUGACACCCUGGGAAAUACUCCGUUGCAUCUGGCAGCUGUCACUUCGAAAAUAUCAGUAGUUGUUCUCUUGUUGAAGGCUGGAACUAAUGUAUUAUCCUUUGAUCGUCAUGGAUACAAUCCUCUUCAACUUGCUCAAACAAAGCUACGAAUGCUUCAAAACUGCAAAGGCUCUGAAAUCAGCCGAGUUAAGGAGGAAGUCCACAAAAUUGUAGAAAUGCUUUUGGCUUAUCUUCAGCAACAAAAGGACGUCGGUGUACAAAUUGAGGCUCUGAGCUCUUUCUGCUCAAGGCUAUCCUUGUCAAGUACCACUGACCAGGUACAAGAUGAUGUCAAGGACCUUCUCGCAAGCAUUGAUUCGCUAGAUUUGAGUAGUAAUUAAAGGUUGUUCGUUGAGUCUUCAUCUUUACCAUUUUUGUUUGCGAGAAUGUUGAAAUUUAUGCAAUUAAAAUAAGAGUUGCACACAUUUAAUCGGAAAAAUGAAUCUGUAUACAUAUUUUUUGUAUUUUUUGGAUUGAACGCAUAUGAGAAUUACUUUUCCUUUUAUUUUAGUAGUUUUUUAAAACCGAACCACUUCUAUGGAAAGAGAGAAUAUAAACUAGAGAUCUAAUCUAUUGUUCAAUAUGAGAGAAGAGGAUAUGUCUUGAUGCAGCAAUGAGCAACGCAGAGUUGAUAACUAGUCGCUUGGAGAAAAAUGCGUCUCCUAACGAUGAUGACGCUCAAGGACAUGUUCCCCCUCUAUUUGGUGUGCUCCAGUGCCUAAACAAAUAUCCUCAAAUGGCUAUGGUUCAGGCUGUGGGACUACUCCCAAUAGAACUAGCAAUCUGAGAAAUACCUCACUCCCCAUGACAGCUGUCACGUUUAGAACAACAGUUGUUCUCUUGCAGCAGGCUGCAAGCAAUGUAUUGCCCAAAGAAAACUACGCAUGCUCCACACUGGCAAAGGCCCUGGAGUUAGCCGCAAUGAGGAUAAACUUCACAAAGUUAUGGAGAUGCCCCUGGCUUCUCUUAAUCAUCAGAGAAGUGUUGAUGUAUAUACAUCAAGGCUCUGAACUUGUCAGUCCAAGAUGGUCAUUGCCAAGCACCACGGGGCAGGGACAGGGACACGGUUUCGAAAACUUUCUUCCAAGCAUUAAUUCACUCAGUUACACUAGUGACACAUGAUUUCUAUGUUGAUUUUUUAUGUUUACUAUCUGUCUUUGUACGAACACGCGAAAGUUUGUGUCAUCAAAUCAACAGAUGAAGGACAUUUCAUUGAAAAAAAUUAUUCUCAUGCGUAGUUUUGGGGACUUUUUACAUUAAAAAUAUUUUGGAAUUAUUUGUUUUUAAUUUUAACGAUUGUUCGAUCGCAUUAUUCAUUUAUAUUUUUUAGUUUUUUCAUUAUCUUAAAGAGAUUCCCGUCUGGUUUUAUCCAUGCCAAGAGGUGACAUCAUCCACUGGUGGCUCUCUCCAAUUUUUUAUGGGGAACAUUAAACAUUCAUCAGAAUCUGAGAAACGAGAUGUUACCAAUUGCAUCUCAUGCAAAAAAGUCAGAGUGAGAAGGGGUUAUUGAGGGUUUUUUCCUUAAUUUGGAAGCAAUAAGAAAAUUUCUGAAGAGGAGAUUGCAAUAGUGAUGGGGUGAUAAAGUAUUUGUUAUAAAAAGUUGAAUUAAAAUGGAAUGUUUCCCUUGAACUACUUAGCAAACUAAAAUUCAUAAUUGAUAACAAAUAUUAAAUUAUGUAAUUGAUGAAUGUGAUCAAGAACUUACUAAGAGCAAUUUAUUGUAACUGGGAAAUUUUUUUGGGAAAAAUUUCGCUGCGUACAAAGGUUUAAUGGAAACAAAAUUCAACUUAUAACGUUUUAUGACUUCAUUACCGCACGCAUAGCAAUCUCGCUUUUCUUUAACUAUUAGUUUAUAUGAUUAUUAGUGUUGAAUGAACUCGAAUAAUUGUCUAACAAGGAAUAAUAUCUUCUCCUGUGAGAUACAUUGCCAUGAUUAUUCCAGUGUUUCAUAUGCAGUUAUGAUUUUUUAUUUGACAUUUAUUAGCGUUGUAAAUAGCCGGUGUAACUGAAUUUCCAUCAGCUAUAAUGCAGUGAGUCCUCACAUGAGUUGUCUGCCCAAUUCUCGCAACUAUUAUAGCUGAUGAAGCGGAAUAUGCGUAUAUAUUCAGUCAUUGUCUGUAGUUUUUACACUCGUGAAAUAGACGAAUCAAUCAAACAAGUA